AUCCAUUACUCGAUGUUUGCAGCGGCACACCCCCCACCCCGCAGACGGGGGCCAAUAAAUCUUGCACAUAUUUUGUUGGGAAGUAUCUUGGUUAAAAAAAGAGAUUUAUUUGUUGAAAAAGCAGCAAAUUGGUAAAAAAUGCAAGCAAACAAAAUGUGAAAUCUAAAAAGCGGGUGGUUGAUUGAAUUUUAACAACGAAGUAAGAAAGCUGCGGCACAACGCUCUUUGUGGAUUUAUAGUGUGGUGGUGUGGGUGGCGAUUGAGUGUGUGUGUGUGUGUACUGGUGCUGUGCCCAACAAGAAAAACUCUACCUCUGCCCACUAAGGAAAAACAGGAAAAUCAGCGAAAGCAAAAUGUCUGAGCAUGCUUCAUCGUCGCUGCCCGUGGAUGUGCGUGAAAAACUAGCUGAAUUAGAUUUGGAGCUCUCAGAAGGUGACAUUACCCAGAAAGGAUACGAAAAGAAACGGGCCAAGCUAUUGCAACCGUUUCUGAAGAAACACGAAGAUGUGGACAAAGCAAAGAGCAAUCCACUACCGCCAUAUUACAACAUCAAAGAUGUCAAUAAUAGCAACAGCAUCAUCAACACUAACGUCAACAAUGAUGGCGUUAUAAUCUCCAGUGAAGGAUACAGUUAUGUAUCCGAAGUUCCUUCGCUGUCCUCAUCACAACAAAGACAUUCCAAAAAGUCGGACUUCCAUAAUCAGCAAGCUUCAGCACCUCAAAGUGGUGUUGGUGGUUACGAAAAUAUGCGGCCACAAGGUGGAGCCAUGGGUGAUCCCGGCUACCAGAACACACGAGAACCGAGUGGCUUUCAAAAUCAGUCACAAGCACAGGCUACCGGCAAUAAUAGUCAACAUAGACAGCGGCGCACACAGCGUAAAGUAACGCAUAAUGAGAAGCGAUAUCAUUCCGAGGUACGCCAAGAGGCUGUGCAACAGGCGUUAGCGGCUCUUAAGAGUCGUCCAAAACCCAGUCUGCCGAUGCCUUCUAAACGCACCUCAGUGCUUAAUCGCAGUCCUCCAGGUUGCCACGAUGAAUUGGAUUCAUCGACUGAUGACGAAUCUAUACCCGAAGAGUUAAUUUCACCCGACAAAGAAUACAAUUAUCCUCGCGAUCAUAUAAGCAAUAGUAUGCUACCUCAGGAGCCUAUUAUAAAGCCACCAAUUCGAGAAUCAUCUAUGAUAUCUCAACAGCAACAGCAUCUACAACGACAUGACGUUAAACCCACACAAACUACGUCACACUCACAGAAAUAUCCAUCUUCAAGCAGCGUUGCCGAACGACGCCCACCGCAGAAUUUGCCACCCCUGCCUACAUCGGAUACAUCGAGUACCGACUCGCCUCCUAUUGCUUACAAGCGUGAUGUAGAUGUCUCGGAUAAAUCAUAUAAGCAAAAACAUUACAACGCCCCAGAUAUCACUCAAUUUAAUAACGCACAUCGCAUUGCCGAUCGAGUUACCCGGUAUGCUAAUGUCUCUCAAACUGAAUUAAACGAUACUGAUGUCAAUGGCAAAUGGAAAGUUUCUGCCAAGAUACAACAAUUGCUGAACACUUUAAAACGUCCGAAACGACGACCUUUACCCGAAUUUUAUGAGGACAAUGACAUUGAGCUGGAGAUUGCUGCUAAUACGAAAGAUCCAAACGCUCCUAAGCCCGAGGGCAGCACUAUGAAUCCAGUGCAAGGAGAACAGCUUUCUAUCCCAGCUGGACUUCCACGUACAUUGGAGUGUGCUGUCCAACGCUAUGGCACCAAUUCGUUUAAAAGCUCCAUGGCAACAGUUUUGGAUCCCAAUGGAAAGAUUACCACUACUUUGACAUACGGCAAGCUGCUUUCACGUGCACAAAAGAUAGCUUACGCUUUGUCUACCAAGAUAUUUAGUAAAGGACCUGAACAGGUUACACUCAAAGCAGGCGAUCGUGUGGCACUGGUAUAUCCCAAUAAUGACCCAUUAAGCUUCAUAACAGCCUGGUAUGGCUGCAUGUUUCGUGGACUGGUACCGUUACCCAUUGAGCUGCCUCUUUCCAGUUCCGAUACACCUCCACAGCAAGUAGGAUUUUUGCUAAGUUCGUGUGGCAUAACCGUGGCUCUAACUUCAGAAGCAUGCCUCAAAGGGUUGCCAAAAUCGACAACGACGGGCGAGAUAGCUAAAUUAAAAGGUUGGCCGCGCCUACAAUGGUUUGUUACCGAGCAUUUACCUAAGCCUCCAAAAGACUUCAAUGUGGGUAAUUUACGUAUUGAUGACACGGCUGCUGCAUAUAUUGAAUACACCACAGAUAAGGAAGGCAGCGUAAUGGGUGUCACAGUGACCCGUGCUGCCAUGAUCAGCCAUUGCCGCGCGCUAACCAUGGCGUGCCAUUAUACCGAAGGGGAAACAAUUGUCUGUGUGCUCGAUUUCAAGCGUGAAGUCGGUUUGUGGCAUGCAGUCCUGACAUCUAUACUAAAUGGAAUGCAUGUAAUUUUCAUACCUUACGCUCUCAUGAAGCUGCGUCCCUCGAGUUGGAUGCAAUUAAUUACAAAGCAUCGGGCCUCGUGUUGUUUGGUUAAAAGUCGUGAUCUUCAUUGGGGUCUAUUGGCCACAAAGGAUCAUAAGGAUAUAUCAUUAUCUUCACUUCGUAUGUUGUUGGUAGCAGAUGGUGCAAAUCCAUGGUCACUUUCAUCGUGCGAUCAGUUUUUAAACGUAUUUCAAAGCAAAGGACUGCGAUCUGAUGCAAUUUGCCCUUGUGCUAGUAGUUCGGAAGUGUUUACUGUUUCACUGCGUCGUCCGGGACGGUCAUCAGCUGGUGGUUUUAGUCAGUCUGCUACAGGACGUGGCGUACUCUCGAUGGCAGCCCUAUCUCAUGGCGUCGUACGUGUUGAUAGCGAAGAUUCUCUAACUUCACUUACUCUGCAGGACUGCGGUCAAGUCAUGCCUGCUGCCCAAAUGGUAGUUGUGCGGUCCGAAGGACCUCCUGUGCUAUGUAAGACAGAUCAAGUUGGAGAGAUUUGUGUAACCAGUGGUUCGACUGGGGCUAGUUAUUUCGGGCUGGAUGGUAUGACGAAUUCAACAUUUAAGGUCCAACCCUUACUUGAAGAUCCAGAGCAAGCAAAGGAUGGCACGGGUUCAGGUACAGUUACUAGUACUUCCUGCAAACCCAUAGGCGAAGAAUAUUAUGUACGAUCUGGGCUACUGGGGUUUCUUGGUCCUGGUGGUUUAGUAUUUGUCUGUGGCUCUCGCGAUGGACUUAUGACUGUUACGGGCCGAAAACACAAUGCGGAUGACAUUAUAGCCACAGUUCUCGCUGUCGAACCAAUGCGCUUCAUUUACCGAGGGCGAAUAGCAGUGUUUAGUAUUAAAGUACUAAGAGAUGAACGCGUCUGUGUGAUUGCCGAACAGCGACCAGACUGCUCUGAAGAAGAAAGUUUCCAUUGGAUGUCGCGUGUACUACAAGCUGUUGAUUCAAUACAUCAGGUUGGCAUUUAUUGUUUGGCUCUAGUGCCACCAAAUCAUUUGCCGAAAACUCCCCUGGGUGGAAUACAUUUGUGCGAAGCGCGACGUCGCUUUUUAGAAGGGUCAUUACAUCCAGCAAAUGUUCUAAUGUGUCCUCAUACUUGCGUUACAAAUCUGCCAAAACCUCGGGAAUUGCAUCAAGGUGUGCAAACAACUGCAAAACUAAGCUCUGGCUGUGGUAUUACAGACACGGGUGUAGGACCAGCCUCUGUGAUGGUUGGCAAUUUAGUGCAGGGAAAUCGUUUGGCUGUAGCACAUGGACGAGAGGUUGGAUUAGCCGAGGAUACUGAGCGCAAGCCUCAGCUCAUUACGGGUGUAUUACGUUGGCGCGCUAAUACUUCACCAGAUCACAUUAUUUUUACCCUAUUAAACUCGAAAGGCGCCAUUGCUAAAACUAUAACGUGUUCGGAACUACAUAAACGAGCUGAAAAAAUAGCGGCGCUACUGCAGGAACGCGGAAAAAUUGACCCAGGCGAUCAUGUUGCACUUAUCUUUCCUCCCGGUCUAGAUCUUCUGUGUGCUUUCUAUGGUUGUCUGUAUUUGGGAGCCAUCCCUAUUACUAUUAGACCACCACAUCCUCAAAAUUUAAUUACUACCUUACCUACUGUGCGCAUGAUUGUUGAUGUAUCGAAAAGCGGUAUUGUCCUCUCCAUACAGCCAAUUAUUAAGCUACUAAAAUCGCGUGAGGCAGCCACUUCGAUCGAUCCAAAGACUUGGCCACAAAUAUUAGAUAUUGAUGAUAAUCCAAAACGAAAAUUAGCUGGAAUAGCCACAGUCUCCUUAGACUCAAGUGCCUAUCUAGAUUUCAGCGUAUCAACCUGUGGACGUCUAAGUGGUGUUAAUAUAACACAUAGAUCUCUGUCUAGUCUAUGCGCUAGUUUGAAAUUGGCUUGUGAACUUUACCCUUCACGACAUGUAGCUCUGUGCUUGGAUCCAUAUUGUGGGCUUGGAUUUGUAAUGUGGACUCUGAUUGGUGUAUAUAGUGGCCAUCAUUCGAUACUUAUAGCACCAUACGAGGUUGAAGCAAACCCAAGUUUGUGGUUGUCAACGCUGUCGCAGCAUCGUGUGCGCGACACGUUCUGCUCCUAUGGCGUCAUAGAGCUUUGCACCAAAGCAUUAAGUAAUUCGAUACCUUUAUUAAAGCAACGAAAUGUGGAUUUACGAUGUGUGCGAACCUGCGUGGUCGUAGCAGAGGAACGACCACGAGUCCAGCUUACGCAGCAGUUUUGUAAGCUUUUCCAGGCGUUGGGAUUAAACACACGAUGUGUUUCUACGUCAUUUGGAUGUCGAGUAAACCCAGCUAUUUGCGUACAAGGUGCUAGUUCAGCUGAAAGCGCUCAGGUUUAUGUCGAUUUGAGGGCAUUACGUAACAACCGCGUUGCCUUGGUAGAACGCGGUGCACCGAAUUCGUUAUGUCUAAUUGAAUCCGGGAAGCUGUUGCCGGGUGUAAAAGUUAUCAUUGCUAAUCCGGACACGAAAGGACACUGUGGUGAUUCGCAUUUGGGUGAAAUAUGGGUACAAGCCCCGCAUAAUGCCAAUGGAUAUUUUACGAUUUAUGGAGAUGAGACAGAUUAUAAUGAUCACUUUAAUGCGAAACUUGUCACUGGUGCCACUUCAGAGAUGUAUGCACGUACCGGUUACUUGGGUUUUCUACGGCGUACGGAAUGUUCACAAGCAGCGUCUAUAUUGGAUGAGACAACACCAAGCGUGGCAAGUCGUGACAGUGAUACAGAAUCUUUAAAUUCCAUGAGUCAACUGCAGCUGAACUUUUCUAAUGCUUCAUUGGGUGGAAAUUCGGAGCACAGCCUAGUAAGCGGAGGUGGCGCUGUUACCAGCAAUGAACAGGAAUUACACGAUGCCGUGUAUGUAGUCGGAGCUGUUGAUGAAGUGAUCUCACUACGUGGCAUGAACUAUCAUCCAAUAGAUAUAGAAAAUUCGGUGCUUCGUUGUCACAAAAAAAUUGCUGAAUGUGCCGUAUUUACAUGGACUAAUUUAUUAGUUGUAGUAGUAGAAUUAGAUGGUAACGAAUCUGAAGCGUUGGAUUUAGUACCCUUAGUCACAAAUAAUGUAUUGGAAGAACAUCAAUUAAUCGUGGGAGUUGUCGUCGUUGUAGAUCCAGGUGUAGUGCCCAUAAACAGUCGUGGCGAGAAGCAGCGCAUGCAUUUACGUGAUGGUUUUCUAGCGGAUCAAUUAGAUCCUAUAUACGUUGCAUACAAUAUGUAAAUAUAUAUAUACACACAUAUAUAAAAUUGACACAAAAGAUCUUUAAAAAAAAUAUAUAUACAGAAACAUUGCCUAGUAUUAUAAUGCAUGUCACAAUGCUGCACAACCAGUACACGUAUGCAAAAUUAUUUAUUCUUAAUAUUACCUAAUCAAUUACCAUUAGAAUUGCCGUCAAGUAGCCGAACCAAACACUAUUUAUAUAUUCUUACAACAUAGUUGGUAUGUCAUUCUUAUAACGAAAUCUGACUCUUAAACUCAAUGACAAUUUACGUAUGCAUACAAGUAAAAGAACAAAAAUCAUUUAAUAUAAUAAACAAUUUAUAUGCAAAUAUAUUGUUCACGUA